GCUCUGCUUGUUUUUUAACACCUUUCUGUCUCUUUCUCUGCAAAUCAAUGGCGAAGUUUUUGAUGCCUCUCUCUCUCUUGCUGCUCCUCAUGAGUUUUGCAGCCAUGUCUGAAGGGCAGCUCGGAUUUGGGUUCUACUCCCAAACAUGUCCUUCUGCCGAGUCCAUUGUUCGGUCCGUCGUAAGCGACGCCGUUCGGGCGAGCGCUAAUGCGGCCGCCGUGUUGCUCCGCCUUCACUUCCACGACUGCUACGUAGACGGGUGCGACGGUUCGAUCUUGAUCGAUAACGGUCCGAGGUCGGAGAAGCUUGCUUUUGGGCAUCAAGGGGUGGGAGGAUUCGAGAUAAUAGAGAGAGCAAAGCAAGCAGUGGAAGCAGAAUGCCCAGGAGUAGUUUCAUGCGCUGACAUCGUGGCUAUGGCGGCAAGAGACGCCAUUGUUCUGGCGAACGGGCCAGAGUACGAGGUCGAAACUGGUCGGAGAGACGGUCGGGUUUCGGAAAUUUCACAUGCCGAUGAUCUGCCGGACGUGGGUGACUCAGUUCAGGUUUUGAAGGACAAAUUUGCUCAGAAAGGGAUGACUGACAAGGACUUGGUUUUACUAAGUGCCGCACACACGAUCGGAACAACGGCGUGCUUCUUCAUGACAAAAAGGCUCUACAACUUCUCCCCCGGCGGCAGCGGAUCCGACCCGGACAUCAGCCCGGCGCUGCUGCCGGAGCUGAAGUCCCAAUGUCCUCCCAACGGCGACGUCAGCACCCGGCUGGCCAUCGACCGCGGCAGCCAACAGAGCUUCGACAUCCACAUUCUCCAGAACAUCAGAAAUGGCUUCGCCGUGCUCGCCUCCGACGCGCGCCUGAACGACGAUGCAUCGACCAGGGCCGUCAUGGACUCCUACUUUAGCCCCCUCACCCCCAUUUUCGGCCCCUCCUUUCAGGAUGAUUUUGUGAACUCCAUGGUCAGGAUGGGCCAGAUUGGAGUCAAAAGUGGCUCCCAAGGGGAGAUCAGAAGGGUAUGUUCGUCUUUUAACUCCAGGUAAUUAAUGGUUAUGAAAUGGGUAUAAGAAUUCAUGUUGAUUAAUUACAUAUAUUUAUAUAUAUCAUAUAGAUGGGGGAAAGAAUAUGAUCAUGAAGUUGUAAGUUGUGUGUGUGUUUGUGUUUGUGUUUGUGUUUGCAAGUAUCAUCUUAAAAAUGAGUGAUACCAAAUAUAUAUACCAUAUGAUUUUAAUGUAUAUCUUUA